AUAAGUAGCAUCAGAACGGGAGUCGCUCGUGCAUAGGCUAGAGAGCGGUGCCUGGCUGGACGAAGCCAAAGGCAUCUGGCUUCUGGCUCCUUUCUCAUACACUGACAUGGAGCAAUGGGUUAUGGAUUGGCGAGGAGCCUACAAUUUAGGAGCCUGCUGAAGAUCUUCUACCUCCUUCCAACAGUAGCUUAUGGUCAGCUACUCCCUUUGGAAGAUGCCAAGUAUGAGGAGCAGGUGGUCAAAGGAGUGCGGGAUCGCUCUGUGCGGCUCUUGUGUGGUGAUGUGGUCCUGCCCAUGGUUGUCUUCUGGAGUUUCACCAAGUUGGGCUCCCUCAUUCCCAGGGCGGUUGCCAUCAGCAACGGCCUAGAAUCCAAAGUGGAGAAAGCAGCUGCAGUUCUGGGGGACGUGACCUUGAAGAACAGCACCCUGGAGAUCAAGAACUUGCAAAUGGCUGCAGAAGGGCGGUUCAUGUGCCAGGCACUGUACGAACAAGACGAGGAGAUCAAAGCAGUUUAUUUCUAUGUUGAACUCAUUGUCUUGGUUCCUGUUUCCCAACCCUUCCUCCAGAUAAACAAUUCAGCGCCAGUGGAAGGUAUGCCUGUACUGAUGACAUGCACUGUGAAGGAGGCAACACCACCUGUUGAAUACUCCUGGCAUCGCCACACUAACCGGGAAGGCCCAGUUAAUGUCUCAGAAGCUGUGGGUGGAAUGAUCAAUAUCACAUCAGCUAACCGGACUCAGAUGGGGUGGUACGCCUGCACUGCCCAAAACGAGGUCAACAGCCAAACCAGUGACAGGAUGUACCUCGAUAUCAUCUAUGGGCCUGAUGAACCAGUGAUCAGUGUGGAGCCAUUCGCCAUUAACCAACAUGGCUUCUCAGCCAAUGAGCAGGAGGAAGUGGUCAUGACCUGCCUGGCUCCUUCUAAUCCACCUAGUCACUACAUUUGGUUCUACAACAGCUCUCAAGUCUACGCUGGCCAAAAAUAUGUGAUCACCAGGAUCUUACGGACUCAGACAGGUUCCUAUACCUGCCUGGCCCAGAACACUCACUUGAACACCCGUACUCAGACCACAAUCAUCUUGACAGUUUACUAUCUGCCAGAAGGGAAGCUCAGCUGUCGGCCGUUGCCAGCCGCCAAUUUCCGAGACCUUGCGCUGCAUUGUUCAUGGCAGGGUGGGUUCCCCCUGGCGCAGCUGCGGUGGGUGAAAAGAGCAGACAGAAACAGCACGGCAACCGCCUCCAAUGCCACCCAGAUCUUUCGGGGUGUAGAUGUUCGGAAUGGGAGCUCGUACACGUGCCUUGCCUCCCACCCAAGCCUUAGAGAGAAUGCUGUGUGCCGGACAACUGUGUGGGUUCCAGGUGGUAGCCCCACCUGUUCAGCAAUGGCAACAAAGCAAAAUGAGUUUCUCAUGAUGACCUGCGACUGGCCCGGAGGACUUCCUCGGAUGACACUUUGGUGGCGAGAUUGGCGUGAACACGUGUUCGGCGGUCUAAAACAAUCCCACAACAUCCUGGUCCUGAAAUCCAACCGCACCCUUGGGGGCAAGAGGUUCACCUGCGUAGCAGCGCACCCGCUUCGCGGAAAAGCUGCUGAGUGCCACGUCCGGUUGGAGCCUCCCAAACUUGUGGUAGAGAGAACCAAAAUGUCCCUUUUUGAAGGCAACGAGGUCCAGCUUUCAUGCCUCCUCCAAGGAGCUUACUUGGGCUCAGAAGUCUUCUGGUACAAUAACAAGAACCAGGUCAUUAGAGCUGAUGCUCCGAAAUACAAACUGCAGCAAGAGAACGCUUGGUUUAACUUGACCCUGCAGGAUACGGAAUGGAUGAGGGACAGUGGAACUUACCGCUGCGCUGCCCUGAAUGCUGUGGGCAAUGCCUCUGCCACUAUCAAUCUCCAGGUAAAAAAAUACCCGACCCCUCCUAACGUGACGAUCAACAAGUUGAUGUAUAAUCGUCACCGCACGGAAGUAGAGGUGGAGUGGCAGACCCAGGGCCCAGGUAACCUGACUGGCUUUCUGGUCCAGCGGACAGAAGCCAAGAAGACCACCAACAGGCAGGCAGUCACCAUCUGGGAAACAGCAGCCAGUGGUAUUGACCCUGAAGUCCGUGAACAGAAGCUGAGCGGCCUUGAUCCUUCAGUGAUAUAUGCCUUCCGGAUACUGGCUGUCAACCAUCGCACCAGGGGCCACCCCUCUGAAGUUAAGACACCAGCUGACCCUCCAUUCAACGCCUACCCUGCUGUGAUCGGUGCAGCAGUGACCGGAAUGAUUGUGGCAACAGUUGCAUCUCUUCUGGGGUUCCAGUAUAUCAUCCGGAACCGGGAGAACAAUCCAAGGUUACAUGACCUGCUCUUCAGAAGAGAUGGUGCAGAAGCUCAGGAGCGCAUUAGCAAUCCAGAAGAUGCUGAGCAGGAGGCAACGACAGCGGUGGAUGUCGGUGAGCAGCCUGGAGAAACCUCUGCUCCGGCUGAGGAAACUUCUGCAGAUGACAGCCCACAGGAAGCUACAGAGGUCCCGGAGGAUUCAGCCCCAGCCCAGGAGGACGCCUCUGAUCCCGAGCCUGCUCCAGCUCCCGCUGAUGAGGAUGCGCCAGUUAAUGUGACAAUCACAGUGGCAGCAACGCCUUGACUGCCAUGAGUUCUUCUGACUCCCUGUUCUGGGGGAAGGGAGGGAGAUAUGAUGUUUGGGAAGACGGGAGAAAAAGGCCUUCUUCAACAACCGGCAUAGCAAGGGCUUUCAUGUCAUACUGGCCUUCUUGCCCCUUUGAAGGACCAAGGCCGUCUUUAGAGAGCGUGCCUGCAACUUGGGCCACAGAAUCACAGCACACCUUGGAACGAAGAAUGGAGGGCUUGUGAAAAUCCUGAGGCUGCCUUUCUGUGGGCUGAGGAAUCUGCCCAAUUCGAUACCUUUCUUCCUCUUUGCAGAACCUAGCAGGGCUGGAUUUCGUCCAGGAACCAUGGCCUUAAAUUUGAUUUGAACGGAAUGGCAGACUACCUGGAGAGAGCUCAGCUGGGGCACUCAGGAUGGCAUUCUGUUGUCGAAUACCUUUGUAUAUAUCAAUACAGAAGAGCAAUUGGUGUCACUAACACUGCUAAACAGUCUGAUGCACU